CCAUGAUCAGUCUAAGUCACGGUUUAUACCUUACUUUGCAGCAUCUUAUCAUCUUGCAUUGCAAGAACCAUCCGUUUUUCAAUGGGACCUGCAUAAAUCGUUCAGCGGAGCUUAUCGAUAGGACUUGCCCCGUCGAACUUGAAAACACGCCUAGGCACCUUCCAAAUUGCAAUCGAGCCCAGCGAACCUAGGGCGCUCAAAGCCUCAAACCGCUCGUCCACAAGACACAAAAGGUGUGGUGCAUAGUUCAUGACGUCCUUACUCACGAUUGGACAGCGCCUUAGAGGCCACCUUUCAACGUAUUCAAUUGUAAGGGAACUGCACAGAGCUGCCGACCAAGGUGCCGUGUUCCUUGCAACGGACCAGCAAAACGAGAGCUGCAUUGUCAAGAGCAUCAAGGGCCAUUGGCGGCUGCAAAAUGAAGCUGAUAUGCUCAAACAUUAUCAGGACAAAACGCCGUAUCUUCGUCCACUUUUGGACGAGAUUAUCGAGCCCCCAGAUCCACCUUCAAUCGUCCUCAAGCACUUGGAUAGUGACCUCUUGACCGAGUCGAAUCGGAAACGACUAUCACGCCCCGAGAUAAAGCAGGUUGCCAGAUGUGUUCUCCAGGCCCUCCAAGUAUUACACAAGGACGGCAUGGUCCAUACGGACAUCAAGCUAAAUAACAUAUUCGUCAACUACGGCCAGGGACAACGUUUCAGCGAGAUACAAUUAGGCGAUUGUGGAGGUGUUGUCUCCCAAGACUCCGAAUUUGCCAAGGGCCACCUCAUCGGCGCCGGCUUCACUCGGAGUCCAGAGGCUACAUUCCAGAUUCCUUGGGGAACAGCCACUGACAUCUGGUCAUUUGGCAAUGCGAUCCUCAGCCUUCUCUACGGCGGAAACUAUCACCUCUUCAACCCAGCUAUUGAUGGGCUCCGCCCAGAGGACGACGAGUACGAACUCACGGUGCUCAAGCGCAUGUACAAGUUCUUCGGCCCGUUCCCGAGAUCGUACGAGGACUUUCACGACAAAGAAACCAUGAUCUUUGUUAACUACCUCAACAACGAAGGGCCGCCGGAGAAGCCCUUUCGCCUUGUGACCAAGCGGGAAAUUCCUCCGGCAGACAACGUGUUCAUCCGCAACAUCAUGAAGCUGGACCCCCGCGACAGGCCGACGGCGGAGCAGCUGCUGCAGGAUGAGUGGUUUACGGAAGAGUCUGAAGAUACCAGGGAUCCGCUUCCUGGGGAGGGUGGGGAUGCCGCCUAGGUAACACGGUUAUGCUAUCUAUCCUUCAUGGUCAGCUGGGAGCCGAGAAACAGACAGGGAAUCUGCCGCAAAAACCACCCGAAGGUGUCAAGUUGAUGGAAAGUAGAUGGACAAAAAUUGUUAAAAAAACAUACAAC